AUGCUUUAUUCAACGAUAUUAGGUAUAUCGUCAGCUGCAGUUGUUCAAUGUUGGCAUCAUUUUUCCUUCCUCUAUUCUUUCUCUUACGGAAAAUCUCUUCAAGGUGUACUCGUUACGCGAACACACGCCCUCUAUCAACAACGAUGGCUGACAAUUUUUCUGGGGAUCUUGGGAUUUCUUUCAAUAUCUAGUGCAUUUAUCCUUUUCUCCCUCGUGUUUCGAUUCGAAACAUUCACUCCCGCUAGCACUUUUGGCUUACGUGGUUGUAUCCUGGGUUGCACUAAUGGAAUAUGCAAGUCCAUGUUGAUUGGGUUUUGGAUACCGUUUGUUUUAUUCGAAACAAUCAUCUUUGGACUCACAGGAUGGAAAACAUACAAAUCUUUGAAUUCAUCUGCUAGAUUUUCACGAUUCCCAUCGGUCAUUACGAUUUUAUUUCGCGAUGCUCUGUCUGUUUGCAACUUUCUAAUAUGGAUUGCGGAUCCAUAUGCCUCAUACCUUGCGGUCGGGUAA